AUGCGAGAGUGGGAUUCUCCCUACACCUCGACUCCACCACCGCCUUCUCUGCCGCCAAAGACCACCAUGCCUAUGCUACACUACGGCCUUGUGGUCAUCGGAGCUCUGGUGUUUGUUUUAGCAGUAUACAACCUCAUCAUUAUAAAAUGGUGUGCUAAUCAACGACAGCAUUUGCAUGAUACGAGUUUACCACAUGAAGUUUCAUCAGUAAGUAUGAGGAGAAGUGCAGAUUUCUCUGGCAACAUCAAAAAGGUGGGGGCAAGUUUUAAGUACAAGAAAGGAGAGGAUUCACUUACAGUAGAGUAUGAUAAUCAGGAAUGUCCAGUUUGUCUAUCAGUGUUCGAAGAAGAAGAGGAAGUAAGGCAGCUUCCGGUAUGCAAGCAUUCGUUUCAUGCUCCAUGCAUAGAUAUGUGGCUUUCCUCUCACCUGGAUUGUCCUCUUUGUCGCACUCAGGUGGAACUGAUAGAUUCUUCACAGAAACAAUCAACGUCGGAAAAUUCCAGAGAAAUGCUGAUAUUGACAUCAGAGAAUUCUAGAGAAGUCCCCAGGGAUCCAGCAGUCCUUGUUUGA